UCGCAGCACUUUUUUGAUAGACAUUAGGCAACACUUAACCCUCUUAGCCGGCAUUCCUGUUGUUUGGCCAAAAAUCAUGCAAAGCGAUUCGGAGGAACAGACUUUCCAACUCCAGGCUCUGGAAAUACGCGAGCCUGACGCCAACUUUGAUCCCAGCAAGCCUCCGGAAACCGGCGAGGAGUACCUGACCCACAUGUUGUACGAAAGAAAGCGCUGUCCGGCGGUAGUGACCAAGCGCUCGUCAAACAUAAGUGACCAGGCAUCUGUCAGCAGCCUGGAUAUGCUGGAGAACCCUGACUUGCCACCCUUCAAAGAUCUGCUGCCGACACCGGAGUGGCGCGAUGUCCAGGUGAAUUGCUUCCAAGCAGCCCGCUCUAAAGUACUGGUCAUUCGCAUGGAGUUGUCCAACCAAAAGUACGACCAGUCGGCUGAACCACCUCUUACCUCGGACAACGACAAGUGGAAGGAGUUCUGCCGCCAAAACGAACCACUGUUGAGCACUCUGCUUCAUCUGACUCAAAAUGAUCUGGAGCACUUGCUGGAAAUGCUAAGCAAGUGGCUGCAGGAACCAUCGCCGCCGGUGGAUCUCUUGCAAGAUGCCUGGCUAGCGCGCUGGCUGUAUGCCACCCUCGUCUGCCUCCACCUGCCAUUGGAGCCGUAUGUGUUCAGCACUAUUCGCUACAUAGCUCGGUCCUGCAUUCAUUUGCGCAACCAACUCAAGGAAGAGGAGGUGCUACGAGCUGCGCCCUACAACCUCCUGUUAACCCUGAUAGUUAAUGUCUUUGGCCAGAACGAUUUUAAGGAAUAUAUUUAAGUGAGAGUUUACUUGAAGAAUAAAACAAAAACGGACUAAUGGUUGCUAAAUGAAUAAGCCAAGACGCUAUAUAUAGCC